AUGCCAAAAUCCACUUGUUGCUUGCUUCUGGUGACAUCCCAGCUGUGGCUGACACGGCGCACAUUAGCUCACAUGCCAGUUUGUUCGGUUGCCAAAUCUGUGAAACAAAGGGAAAAGUCUCAGACAACAUACAGCACAGAAUGUACUUUGAAGAUAGUUCCACUCCUUUGCAACCUUUGGAAGAAUUCAAAACCGGCAAUCCUUGAGCUGUCAGCCUUCUUCAGAUCUUUCUUCUUCACACUAGAUGAACUUCAUUUAGUUGCAAGAGGAAUCAGAAAGCACAUUUACGACUUGAUCACUGUGUCCCUUACUAAGGAGACAAAAUUUUCUUAUACCUGUCUGGAUGAUACCCUCUCUAGCACAGAAUACCCAUUUUUCGUACCAAGAACUACUGGUUUUAUCCAUUCAAUUGGCGCCCAUUUCCAUCUAAUUAGCAUCCGUUUCCAUCUAAUUAGAACCCAUUGA